GGAGGGGCUUCCAUGGUCCAGUGAUUUAUUUAACCCCAACACGACAUGGCCUCAGGUUUCCAACAAGGAAUGAAUGUACCGCAACAUAGCCAAAUUCUUCCGGGAAAUACGACGAAAUUCAGGACGGACUCUUUUUCUCUAUUCUCUUUCUCAUAGUCCAAUUAACUUUGACAAUCAUGCAAUCCAUCCCUCGCGACCAUCAACGUCCAGGUACCGACGUCUCUCCCCGCAUUCCGCCGAUCCGUUGAUCCACUGUGGAUGAAAAUGCGAUACUGGCAGGCGGGGAAGAACGAUGAUGGUGGAGUGCUUUUUGAGCAACCGGCCAACAAGGUUCUGGCACCGGAUUCGGGAUACAACUGCUCGUCCGAUGCAGACUCCACUGGGGGCCCAGGGAUCGAAAACCUCGCAUUGAUAGUCUCUGUCUAUGCGAUGAACGCUGAUUGGCCUUGGGAUCUGUGCAUAUGUUUGAACGAAAGGUGUUGUUCGAAGGAGACAAGCGUGUUGUCGUCCAAUAUAAAAGUCUCCAAUCUUCCGUUUCCGGCUGCCCUCGGCCCAUUUCUUUCCAUUAGAGUACGGUGGCCUCUUUACUACUUCUACAUAAUGAUUGCUCCUUCAGAACCCAUUCAGCCCUCCAACUCGGCUGCAGCUCUCACGCAGUUCAUUCCUGGUGUCGACUUUCAGGAGGCCUUCAAUGAAAAAGUUAUCAUGAUUGUGGGUGGUGCCAAUGGCAUUGGCGCCAGCCUCGUCCAGCUCUGUUGCCAAAGCGGCGCUUACGUCUGCAUUGGCGAUGUUGAUACCAUCCGGGGAGAAGCUCUGAACAAGAAAUGCCGUGAAAAGUGGCCUGUCUACUGGGACCCUGCCCUUCCACCAAAACCUCCCCGGACAUCCUUUUUCACCGUCGACGUCACCAACUAUCAGACCGUCAUCUCCCUCUUCGACCGUGCAUUCCAGACAUACAAACGUAUUGACCAUGUGGUUGUCACAGCGGGUAGCAUGGAUGCUGGUAACAAUUGGUUCGAUCAAAAGUUGAGCUUGCAGUCGGUGCGCGAGCCUCCGUCCACGAAGGAUAUCGACGUGAAUCUCGUCGGUUCUCUCUAUGUCACCCGUGUAGCUAGCGUUUAUCUCCGCCAUAACCGCGGGCCGGGUGUGGACCGUUCCAUCUUAUUGUUCUCUUGCGCCGCUGGCUUCAAAGAGACUCCUGGUGUAUCUAUCUACCAAGCCUCUAAGCACGGGGUGCAGGGUCUCAUGCGCUCUCUUCGCCCCUACUUCCCAUCACCAUAUAAACACAAUCUGCGCAUCAAUACAAUCUGCCCUUGGAUGACGGAGACCCGCACGACCCUGACGAAGAAGGUACAGGAUCGCUGGACGAAGGAGGGUUUACCCGUCAGCACCCCUCAGGAAGUCGCUCUCAUCUCAGCUGGCGUGCUGUCUAACAACUCGCUGAAUGGAACAUCCAUGUACGUGGAAGGUGGCCGUGCGUGGGAGAUCGAAGCCAACAUCGAUCGCUUGGAGCCGGAGUGGCUGGGAGAGGAGGCGUCCAAAACGCUCGCAUUAGGACAGAAGGUGUUGAGUGACGCAUGGGCUUCGUAGAGUAAAAUUUGCAUGUUUAGACAUCUGUUGCAGAUUGAUACCCAUUAGCGACCACAAGAAUGACAGAACGAUCGGGAAGGGGGAAUUGUUGCGGAAAGGACAUUAUCAACUGGCUGUGUUGAACAACGGCUCUAGAUUAGAGCUUCCAAUACAUUGUUCUGCACGUUUACUCUCGCAUUCAGCUCACAAAUAUCCUUGUGUAAGGCAUAAGAGGCCAGUUUGGGAGAUAGAACUCAGCCACGAACUCCAGUUCUUG